CCCCCGGGAUGCUCCGGGCGCGGCGCGGCCCCGUGACGGCCCCGCCCGGCGCGGCGCCACCCCCGCCCCGCGGUGCCGGCGGCGGCCAUGCUGCGGCCCAAGGCCCUGACGCAGGUGCUCAGCCAGGCCAACACCGGCGGCGUCCAGAGCACGCUGCUGCUGAACAACGAGGGGUCCUUGCUUGCCUACUCGGGCUACGGGGACACUGAUGCCAGGGUCACUGCGGCCAUCGCCAGCAACAUCUGGGUGGCCUAUGACAAGAAUGGGCACCAGGCGUUCAACGAGGACAACCUCAAAUUCAUCCUCAUGGACUGUAUGGAGGGGCGAGUGGCCAUCACACGGGUGGCAAACCUACUGCUCUGCAUGUACGCCAAGGAGACGGUCGGAUUUGGGAUGCUGAAAGCCAAGGCACAGGCACUAGUGCAGUACCUGGAGGAGCCGCUCACGCAGGUGGCCGCAUCGUGAGCGUGUAGUGGAGGCUCUGCAGUGCCACUGGGCUCCAACACCGUCACCGUCAGCGUGGGCUGGGCGUGGGCCCCAUGGGCAUCCCGGAGCUCUAGUGUGGUGUUAAAAAUAAGGUGGCAGGAAUACAAAAGCUGGGGAAAUAAAAGUAUGUUUGAUGCUUGUG